AUGCUCACGUACAUUCUUGAAGAGGUCGACUUUGAAGAGUUUAUCCUCCUAGCUGCCGCUAUUGCCCCGGGCCGUGGCUAUAUCGUGGUGGCCGAUGCAGACCUAUAUCAUGCGCAGUUGAAGUUGCCCGAGUUGUCUCCGCGUCUCGUCCACGGGUGUGAUGCGUUGCAAAUGGUGUUGAUUGAAUCCUGGCUGGAAAUGUACGAGUUGCUCGAGACGAUCCAAGAAGUGAAGGUGGUGGCUCUCUACGGGAUUUUAAGCAGGUUUGUCGAAGAGGGUUUGCAAGAGUCAAUGGACUUUAUGGUGGAGGAUCAAUUCAGCGCUCAUGAAUUGAACCAAUACUUCCACAAGUUGUUCACGUUCCACGCUAGGAACAAUGUGCAAGUGCUCAUGGCUGACCAUCCGUCUUUAGCGCUUGAAGAUACAAGAAGAAACAGCUACAACAACUCCACAGAGGCUUUGCUCGAUCUAGUUGUGAUCCCGAAUGUCUACUCUCUGAAAGGGGGACAAAUACACACAACGCUAAGAGCUUCAAUGCAAAAAUGGUUUGCUAUAUUAGAGUCCACACUGGGUCUAGGUAAAACCUGA